AAACAGGUCAGCGAUUCCAGUUCUUUAUAAACCCAACAAUUACAAACAACUAUUCAGAAAUCAGUGAAGUGUGGGGGCGUGAGGUCUGAUCUACUCUAGUAAAAAUGAAAUUUUAUUAUAUCCUAAUUCUACUGACUGCUUCAGUUGGCGCAGUUUCGGCAGGUCCAGUCUCUAAAAAGGAGCGACCGCAAUUACCCUCAUUUGUGAAGGUGUGCCGUCGCAAUGAUCCAAAUUUGGAUAUGUGUGCGCGCCAGUCGUUGCUCGCGAUGAAAGACCUCUUCCACUAUGGCAUUCCAGAGUUAUUUAUACCGCCCAUAACACCGUUGGUAAUACCGGAAAUUAAAAUGGACCAAGACUCGGGCGCCAUCUAUCUGCAUUCAACUUUUAAAAAUAUUACCGUUAACGGCUUGGCCAAUUACACGAUCAAUGAGCUGCAUAUAAAUCCGAAGAAAAUGAGGUUGACACUGGUGAUGAGCGUACCGAAGGUGGCUAUGGACGCGAAAUAUGUUAUGAAAGGCAAAAUUAUGAUGAUGCCGCUGAUGGGGAAUGGCGACUUUAAGGCGAAUUUCUCCGACGUUGAGCUCAGCACAUUGAUUACUGCGGAGCGCUAUAUCAAAAAUAAUAGUCUAUUUGCCAAGGUGAAGGAUGUGAAAGUGCAGUACUCCAUUGGUAACGCGGAAUUGUAUUUAAGCAAUCUUUUCAAUGGUGACGAGGCAUUGGGCGAACGUAUGAAUACAUUUUUAAAUGAGAAUUGGAGUUCGCUGUCGAAUGAGCUGCGCCCAAUGAUGGAGACUUCAAUAUCGGACAUUGUGCGCGCUUCCGCGACAAAGAUAUUUGAUACUUACAGUUUUGAUGAUUUGUUGCCCGAGUGAAUAUGGCAUAAAUCUAAACAUUCUUAAAGAGAAAACCGAAUUUGAUUAAAUGCUCUUUAUUAAAAAAAUAAAUAAAUUUCUUCCAAUUGUUAUCAUUUCAAUAGCACUGCAACGGCAUGAGAUAUCAGACCGAAUAUCAAUAUGAAAUAAUGCUUUCAUUAAAUUUCGGAAGCUGAAGUAUCCAGGAAAUAGUUCUUCCACUGACGCGAUUCUCUAUCUGCAAUAAUUCCAACUGAUAAUUCCAACGGUGUUGUACCAAACUUUUCUCUUCCAUCACUUGUAGUAUUUGUGUGUUGAAGCCAAUGCUGGUUGAAAGAAAGACGAAAUUUUAUAGAACCUCGAAAUUAUGGGUGCUGUUUGGCCCAAAAUACAAUGGCGUCAGUUCGCAGAGAGUUAACUGGUUCUUUUAGUACCGAUUCGGUUGGUGAGAUCCUUC